CCCUCCCCACCUCGCCUGAUCCCUCCCCCUUCCUUCCUCUCUUCCUCGAUCGAGUGGUUCACCUUGUUCCCCUGAUCCCUCCUCCAUCAGCCCAGAUUUCCGCUCGAUUCCCUUCGUUUCGAGCAGAUCAGCCUCCCCCGAUCGAAGCUCCGCCUCGCCCCCCGGUUUCCUCGUCCAAGAAUCGCUGUUAUUGGUGGAUCUUGGCCAAAGAUCCAACUUUUGUGCUGGGAUUUCCGGGGUUUCUUGCGCUGGAGGGAGGUUUCGUUCUCGCUGGCCAUGGUUUGGCUGGAAAGCAGCAUCUUGAUGCAAAGUCUCUGGGCUUUAUGAAGAUCGCCACUCACCUGCGCCGCUCCUGCUUCCUCCACUCCUUCUCGGUUGUCUUCCUCUACUGGUUUUAUGUGAUCUCAUAAUUCGCCCGGAUCCGCCAUUGCUAGUCCUCUCCCCGUCUCUUGUUUCUUCGUCCUUUCUUUGUUUCUUGAAGCGUCAGUGAAUAAUAGCAGUAGCAGCGGUUGCGAGUUUGGAGGUAAGCUAGGCCGGUUUCUUGCGAAAAGAUUGUGUCUUGAUGUCGUCGUCGUCGCUGUCGCCGGCGGGGACAGGGAGGAUGUCCGGGUCGGACGGCGACUCGGCGGCGGACACGCACCGCCGGGAGAAGCGGCGGCUGUCGAACCGCGAGUCGGCGCGGCGGUCGCGGCUGCGGAAGCAGCAGCACCUGGACGAGCUGGUGCAGGAGGCGGCGCGGCUGCAGGCCGAGAACGCGCGCGUGGCCGGGCGCGCAGCCGACAUCGCUGCGCAGUACGCGCGCGUCGAGCAGGAGAACGCGAUUCUCCGCGCGCGCGCGGCCGAGCUCGGCGACCGGCUGCGGUCCGUCAACGAGGUGCUCCGCGUCGUCGAGGAGUUCAGCGGCGUCGCCAUGGACAUCCAGGAGGAGCUGCCGGCCGACGACCCACUGCUCCGGCCGUGGCAGCUCCCCUGCCUCGCCGCCACCAUGCCCAUCGGCGCCACCGCCGCACACAUGCUCCAGUACUGACGAUGCCUGUACCGGCCAUGGAGGCAGUUGGAGCUUGGUUGUGGUUGGCAAGGAGAAGACAAGACGAAUUGUUUGCUCACAUGGUCACAUCUUUAUCUACUGCUGCUGUGUCAAAUCUAUCUUCUGGUUGCUUCAAUUAUUGUUGCUGUUGUAUGUCUUGUGUGUAAGAGAUGAUGCUUAUGUAAGGCUUAAUUUUGUGUUUGGUUGUGCGUUUUGUCUUGUACUGUGAUGAAUAAGUGUUAUGUAAUUUCCUGUUCCAACCUAUCAAUCAGAUCUGCUGGUGUCUGAAUUUUAA